AUGGCGACGUGUUCCGCGUCGUCGCCAAUGGCCGCUGGCCGGCGGGCGUGCCUCGAAUUCGAAGCCGGACAAAGACCCUUGCGGGCGCACCUGCUCGCUGCUGCAAGGCACGCGAAUCCAUUAGUGUCGGGUGGGUCAGCGCAAUCGCAUGUGCGCUUUGGUACGCGCAGUCGGCCGAAUUCCGGUGCGUUUCGGUGUACCAAACAGCACGGGCGUACCGGUUCUAGUUUCGCCGAUUGGGGCGAACAUCGAUUCGAAUUCGGCGAAACGAUACCUCGAAAACAGUAUCGCUCGUCUAUUGUUUUCAACCGUGGAACAAAAGAAGCGGCCAUGAGGGGUCACGUGCUCAAGCUGCUGCUCGGCGUGGGCUUCCUUGCGUUUGUGAAAUGCGGACCGCCCGGCAAACCCUCCCUUGGAUGGGGUGAGCGGGUCUUCGAGAUCGUCGAGGUCAAUCAAGCGGCGACUGCUUACAACCAGCUGGUGAAGAGGAAAGAUAGCGCAGAUGUCACGGUGUCGUGGAAUGUUUGGUCCGGGGACGCGGCUGACAGCGCCAGGGUUCUACUCAAUGGGGAGGAGUACUGGUCCGGGAAGUCGGGCGCGGCGUCCACGGCUACGUUCAAAGUGACAAAGGGUGGCAUAUAUCAGAUGCAGGUCGAGCUUUGCAACUCGGACGGCUGCACUUCUAGCGAUCCGACCGAAAUUAUCGUCGCCGAUACAGACGGAAGUCAUCUACCUCCAUUGGAGUACACUAUGGGCGAGAAGAACAAGCCAUUCAAACAAACCUCGGGAAAAGUCGUGGGUGCGUACUUCGUUGAAUGGGGCGUGUAUCCGAGGAAAUUCCCAGUGGAUCGCGUUCCAAUUCCUAAUUUGACGCAUCUUCUGUACGGAUUCAUCCCGAUUUGUGGUGGUGACGGUAUUAAUGACAGUUUGAAGGAAAUUGAAGGCAGCUUCCAAGCUCUGCAACGGUCAUGCAGCGGCCGCGAGGACUUCAAAGUCUCGAUUCACGAUCCCUGGGCUGCUCUUCAGAAACCCCAGAAGGGUUUAUCCUCCUGGAAUGAACCUUACAAAGGAAACUUUGGCCAACUCAUGUCACUCAAACAAGCUAGGCCUGAUCUGAAAAUCUUGCCUUCCAUUGGCGGCUGGACUCUAGCUGACCCUUUCUUCUUUUUCACUGAUGAGGUGAAAAGAACUCGCUUCGUUGAUUCAGUGAGAGAUUUUCUCGAGACUUGGAAAUUUUUCGAUGGUGUCGACAUUGAUUGGGAGUUCCCCGGCGGUAAGGGUGCCAACCCAGACCUUGGAAGUCCAGAGGACGGCGAUGUUUACGUUAAACUUAUGAAAGAGCUUCGUGAGAUGCUGAAUGACCUAUCAGAACAAACUGGUAAAAAAUACGAACUGACAUCAGCUAUAAGUGCGGGAUGGGACAAAAUUCAAGUCGUUGAUUACAGCGAAGCGCAGAAAUAUAUGGAUCACAUCUUCCUCAUGAGCUACGACUUCAAAGGUGCGUGGUCUAACGACACACUAGGGCACCAAACGCCACUUUACGCCCCAGCUUGGAAUCCUAAGGAAACUUAUACCACUGACUUUGGUGUAAAAUACUUGCUCGCUCAAGGAGUUAACCCUAAAAAGAUAGUAGUGGGAGUUGCAAUGUACGGACGCGGUUGGACUGGUGUUCAUGGGUACGAGGAUAAGAAUCCUUUCACCGGGAACGCGACAGGACCCGUCAAAGGCACGUGGCAAGAUGGCGUUGUCGACUACAGAGAGAUAGCGAAUGAAAUAGCAAUGGGAAAAUGGGAAUUCCAUUACGAUAAUGUUGCGCAGGCCCCGUAUGUGUUCAGACCGUCGACUGGUGACCUCAUUACAUACGACAAUCGAAGAUCGACUAUUGAGAAAGGUAAGUAUGUGAGAAACAAUAAGUUAGGCGGCUUAUUUGCGUGGGAGAUAGACGCGGACAAUGGAGAACUAUUAAACGCUAUGAACAUGGGCUUAGGGAACACUCAGGCG